GCUUCUGACUUGCUAUUUGGAAUAUAAUCUCUUUCCUGUUCAACCGUGUUCUGAUUUGGGGUCUUGUCGAGUGAAUCGGCGUCCAAGAAUACUAAGCAAUAGGAAUAGCUGGGUCAUAACCGUAAGAAGAAGCGAGAGUUAAAACAGUGGCGACGGGGAAAAAGGAAAACAAAUUCAAGAUGCCUAUAUCAGAUGACCAGCUUAACCGAAUACUACAACAACAGCAAGCACAACUUGAUGCACAAAUGCGGUUGUUGGAGACUCUGACUCAACAGCUCAACAUCCACAGCUCGAGUUCACACGCUAUUUCAAGUUCGUCUUGUGAUGCAGUUGCUAGCAGCAUCCCAGAAUUCAUCUAUGAUCCCGAAAAUGGAAAUACUUUUCUCACGUGGUUCAGACGUUGGGAAGAUACAUUUAGAACAGAAUUCUGUGAUCAAGACGAUGCGUGGAAGACCCGAUUGUUGGUACGUAAGUUGGGAAGCAACGAACAUGCACGUUUUGCUGACCAUAUAUUGCCAAAGUUACCUCGAGAGCUCAGUUUCGAGGAGACGGUAUUUCAGUUGUCAGAGAUAUUCGGCGAGUCAUCCUCGUUGUUUAGUAUUCGAUAUCGGUGUCUAAAUUUGGUGAAACGCGAAGCUGAUGAAUAUGGUGUUCUAGCAGACAUUGUCAACAGAGAAUGUGAACGUUUCAAGUUACGCUCGUUGACUGAUGACCAAUUUAAAUGCUUAAUAUUCAUCAAAGCUCUUCAGUCACCACAAGAUGCUGAGAUCAGGACUAGACUUUUGGCUCGACUGGAUCAAGACCCAAAUGUCACACUCAAAACAUUGACAGAUGAGUGUAAGCGUCUACAAAGCAUCAGACACGACAAUGAGUUGAUUGAACAGGUUAAAAGUUCAGAAGCCAGUAACAACUCGUAACAAACCAAGGACUGCAUGCUGGUUAUGCGGUGAUUGGCAUUAUGCACGAUUCUGUCCAUUCAAGAAGCAUAAAUGUCAGGAGUGCAACAAACGUGGACAUAAAGAAGGUCAUUGUCCACCGAAGCGUACGUCUCAGCCUAAGAAGAAGCAUAAACGUCCUCGACAUGUGAAAUCAGCCGAGUCCAAAUCUCUUUCUUUGGUAGCUGCCUUUCAAACAAACUAUGACAUUCAGAGAAAGUAUGUUACCAUCCAGAUAAACGGCAUAUCAGCUCGUCUUCAAAUUGACACGGCAUCAGAUAUCACGUUAGUGUCUAGAGAAACGUAUAACUUGCUGGGUAAACCGCCAAUGAAGCCAUCUAAGAAAAGGGCUAAAAACGCAUCAGGUGGUGUGCUAAAACUGGUUGGUGAAUUACAGUGUGAAUUUUCCUUCAAUGGAACUAACUGUACAGGAAUAUGUUACCUAACAGAACGGCCGAACCUUGAUCUUCUUGGUCUAGAUAUGUUAGACAAACUUGGAAUAAUGGAUGUACCAAUUAACAGUGUCUGUAACGUAUCGUGUUCAUCAUUGGACACCCCAGUACUUCCAAAGAAGACAGGUGAAAGGUUACUAGAACAACUGAAAAGAAAGUUUGCCUCUGUUUUUCAGAAUAGCCUUGGCCACUGUACUAAGAUGAAAGCGCAUUUACCAGUAAAACCAGAUGCCAUACCUAUUUUUCGCCCGAGACGUCCUGUACCAUAUGCUGCUCUUGAGCUAGUCGACCAGGAACUUAAUCGCUUGCAACAGGCUGGUGUAAUCCGACCAGUUAACUACUUUGCAUGGGCCGCACCGAUCGUAGUGAUUAAGAAGGCCAAUGGGACUAUACGCAUAUGUGCCGAUUUCUCGACCGGUUUAAAUGCUGCAUUAGAUGUAUAUCAAUAUCCAUUACCAGUUCCUGAAGACCUGUUUGCCAAGCUUAAUGGUGGGACAUGCUUCGCGAAAAUAGACUUCUCUGAUGCUUAUCUCCAAGUGGAAGUAGAUGAAGAUAGUAGAGAGCUUCUGACUAUUAACACUCAUCGAGGGUUAUUUCAAUACACUCGUUUACCAUUUGGCAUCAAGACCGCACCCGCCAUCUUUCAGCAAAUAAUGGAUACGAUGCUAACAGGUAUACCUGGUACAGCAGCUUAUCUAGAUGAUAUCAUAGUUAUGGGUUCAACUGAUAGUGAACUUUCUGAUCGACUACACCAAGUCCUUAACCGAGUGUUGGAGUAUGGUUUCCAACUACGUGAGGAAAAAUGUAUCUUCUUCAUGCAUUCGAUCAAAUACCUUGGUUUUAUCUUAGAUAAGAACGGUCGCCGACCAGACCCUGCCAACAUCGAAGCCAUUCAGAAGAUGCCUGCACCAACUGAUGUUUCUUCAUUAAGAUCCUUCUUGGGGUUAAUCAGUCAUUACAGCACAUUCUUGCCUGAAAUGCAUCGAGUGAGAGGUCCCCUAAAUGAAUUACUAUCGAAAGAUAAACCUUGGCAGUGGUCAGCAGAAUGUCAAGCAUCUUUUGACAGAGUCAAAUCAAUGCUCAGCUCAAAGAUUCUUUUGACGCACUUCGAUCCCUGCUUGGAAAUUGUUGUUGCAUCUGAUGCCUCUAGUCAUGGAGUUGGAGCAGUGAUAUCUCACGUGUUCCCGGAUAAAUCAGAAAAGACAAUUGCCCAUGCUGCUAGAUCACUUACUCCAGCCGAGCGAAACUACAGCCAAAUUGAAAAGGAAGCUCUUGCAAUCAUUUUCGCAGUCAAAAGAUUUCAUAAAAUGCUCUAUGGUCGUACAUUUACUCUACUGACAGAUCACAAACCUUUGAUUGCAAUCUUUGGUUCUAAGAAAGGAAUCCCUGUCUAUACGGCUAAUAGACUACAGCGCUGGGCAACAAUGCUCCUGAGUUAUGAUUUUAAUAUCAAGUAUCAGUCGACAAAUACUAUCGGUCAAGCUGACGCUCUCUCCCGAUUAAUUGGAGUUCAACAUCCUGGACCAGAGGAUAUAAUCAUUGCCUCCACAGCAAUAGACCCAGAAAUACGAAGUAUAGUGGCAGAUGCCAUUCGAAACACUCCAGUGUCGUCAGAUGAAGUCAGGGAAGAAACGCUUCGAGACCCAACACUACAAGAAGUUAGAAAGUUCCACCUAGAAGGGUGGCCCUCGAAAAUCAGUUCCACAGAGCUUCAACAGUUUUACCAGCGAAGACUCUCUCUUUCAAUCAUCGAUGACUGUCUGCUGUUUGCCGAACGUGUCAUAAUUCCCAAGAAGCUACAACCAGCAGUGCUUGAACAGUUGCAUGCAGGACAUCCUGGGAUAAAUCGCAUGAAAGCACUAGCACGAAGUUAUGUAUACUGGCCGCAUUUAGACACCCAACUGGAGCAGCUAUCCCGUUCGUGUACCAAAUGUGCAUUAGCAACAAAGGCACCGCGAAAAGCAGAGCUGCAAUCAUGGCCAAUACCACAGUCACCGUGGCAGCGUAUACAUUUGGACUUUGCUGGUCCACUUCAUGGACAAACUUACCUUUUGGUGGUUGAUGCAUAUAGCAAGUGGCCAGAAAUUUUUCUCAUGGAACACCCUACUGCAAGCUGCACAGUCAGUAAACUACGUCAACUAUUCAGUCGUUUUGGAAUCCCGGAAUUGAUAGUUAGUGACAACGGAACACAGUUUACGUCCGGAAUCUUCUCACAAUUUUGUCGGCAGAACGGAAUCCAGCACCUGCGAACACCUCCAUUCCACCCCCAAUCAAAUGGCCAAGUGGAACGCUUUGUGAGUACAUUUAAAAAUGCUCUAAAAAAAUCCAAAGGGGAAGGGACCACUGAAGAUAUCUUAGAGAGGUUCCUGUUUAUUUAUCGCUCUACACCGAACCCUCAGACAAUUAACGGGGUCUCUCCAGCAGAAGCUCUACUUGGCAGAAAGAUACGAACACAUUUCGAUGUCAUCCGUCCUACACCAGCUAUUGAACCCCAACGAAACCUAUCGAUGGAGAAUCAGUUCAACCGACAUCAUGGGGCACAAAGACGAUUGUUCACGGUGGGACAAAAAGUGCUUGCUAUGGACUAUCGUGGGAAACAUCCUACAUGGACAGCUGGUCGGAUCUUGAGAAAGAAGGGGAGUGUGGUUUACGAGGUGUCAGUUGGCUCGGAAGUUUGGGUACGUCAUGCUAACCAAUUGAAAGCAACUUCGAUAGCCAGUAACCAGAUUCAAUAUCGAUUACCUCUUGAUGUUCUGCUAGACACCUUUGAAAUCAAAACGCCGGGAAUAGACACGUCAGUUUCUGUGCAAGAAAAGAGUGAUACUUCUCUAUUGCCUAGACGAUGGACUAAUCGAAAGCAAAGGCCAGUCACUCGGUUGCAGCUGGACCCUAGCACCAGAUCCUACGAAUCUGCUCAAAGGGGAGGUGUUAGCGGGACAUAGACUAGAUUAAAGCAUGCUCAAUUCACGAUUGCUUUGGUGCACGCUGAUUGGCUAAUUCUUAACCAAUCAGCACUAGUCGAUAGUUGGAGAACACUCUAGAAUCUUCUCAUGUAGAAAACUAUAAAUAUACUGACGUUUUUCUCUAUUGUGCUUCUGAGUUGCUAUUUGGAAUAUAAUCUCUUUCCUGUUCA